AUUUGUCUGAUUGGACGUUGUAGUAGGACUUCGUGGUCCUUGAUGGAACCGCUAAAUUUCCGAGUACCCGGUAGGACUCCUUGAUCGAUAAAGGGAUGAUGCUUGGGAUGAAGUGGUUGGACUUCGUGGACUGAAGAAAAGUAUAAGAGUUUGAGCGAUAGAAAUUUCCCAGUAACUAACCGUAUAGGACCAAAUUUGGGUCGACUUGUCUGUGAUGCGUCCGUCGGACUGCGUGGUCUUGCCAUGUCCCGAGAUAUUACGGUCCCAUUGCGAUUCCUAAAAGAUGUCAUACAGAUUCCUUAUAAGCAUGUUCCAUACAGCGUCUCCUCACAAGUAAGUUUUCGACUUCCAGGGGGAGUUUGA